UUUUGUCCUCGAGGGUCGUGGAGAUGCAUGCGUAGGUGAUUGCGACCGAAAGUGGUCCUGGGGGUUGAGUUUUCUACUGAUUUUCCACGUCCAAAUUUCGAUUGCUGGAGGAAGAAAAAUCCAAAGUAUGCUGAAGACUGGCGUAACCUUUGCAAUUGUCUGGAGUGUGUAUUGUUAAAAAAUCAGUUUUUAGUUAUAAUGUUUAGUUAUCCAAAACUCAAAUGAAAAAGUAUUUUUUGAUAAAAGGAAAUGAUUACGUCCAUACGUCAUUUAAAAAGUUUACUCCAGACCAGUGAAAGAGUUUUCUUGUCCCGGAAACCUGUGUUAGUGACAGCUGGCCUGCUGCGAUCAAAUGUGUGGUAGUGUUCGUUGAAGAGAGAGAGAGAAUCGGGCAAAGUUUUGUGAUAGCCUGCUGCUAUCGUUUUUUUAUGUUCUCCAACACCACAUAGUUGUGUGCAUAUUAUUGCGUUCGCUGGGAAGAAAAUUCGAUUUUCACGGAAAUUCGGUUUGUGUUUCAGCGGGGCAAGAAUUCGGAGCAAUUAGAAGAGCAGAUCCGACAACCGUCAGUGCAUCAGGAAGCAAAAAGAAAACAAUCACAACCCAGUUUGGUGGAUUAGGUUGUUCAUUUCGGCUGGAUUAACACACCCGUUGGAUUAUGUGGACGACUAACUAAUUUAGGUCAGAAGAGGAGCCAUGUCUUCAUUGGCCGGGCGUCGUCAGAAAGUCUACCGAUCGUGUUGAGCCAAGUGUUGUAGCAAGCGUUCUACCACCACCACCACAACCAUGCUGCUAAAGUGAUAACCACCAGAGCACGACGCAUCAUCGACAAUGGUGGAACCCGGUGACACGGCAACCCUCUCGAUGGCCACACCUGCGGCCCCGCUUGUGCGGCCAAACACGCUGCUGCCACCCGAGAAGGAACCGGUACACUUCCAGAUCAACUUGAUCGGCGCACCGCCCGAAGUGGAACAGCUGAUCGAGCAUAUCAAAGGCGUUGCGGAGCAGUUUCUCUACCACUGGAAAACAUUUCCGAUCAAUUUGCCUACUCCGCUCUCGGUCAGCCCGGGCGGUGGCGUUGGCAAUGGCGGAGGCGGCGUCGGAGGCGGAGGAAAUUCCGGAGGGGGUACCGGCGGAAUGCUCAUAGCUAGCGGCAACAACAACAACAACAACAAUAGCACGGCCAGCAGCAAUCGGAAGUCACGCCCGAUCAACCUGCGUGAUCUUUUCAUUGCGCCACCGUUCGAUGAACUGGAUGCCGUGGCGGCGGACGGAUCCGGCGAACCGAGGCUGCUCAACAACAACCAGUUGCGAUCGCUACGUGAACGAGGCUUGCAAAAGGACAAAUUUGGAAAACCGAAGAAAUUGAAUUUGGAACAAUUGGACUCGAUACAGUUGACCGGCGAGUUCGAGGUGCCGAGUUUGAACUUUCCCGGCCAGAUGCACCGCUGGCGGCUGUCCCAGCUGCUGCAGAAGGGCUCCGAGCGGACGCGCGACUCGCUGCUCGGCGAUUUGGCCAUUUCGGCGCGUUUUCUGGUCAUCACCGCGAUGGGGCGGUUGUUUGGUAACUUCUUCUCGGUUGCUCACGCCGCCCGGGCCCUGCUGCACGGGUUGAUUAAGCUUAUCGAUAUGAUAGUGGGUGUCCCAUCCUUGCUGGCACACAAUUUAGAUAACAAGAUUAAAGAAGAGCGCUGUCGCUUCCUGGUGGCUGAACUAGUUUGUAGGAAUGAAUUCGAAGACUGCAUGGAUGCUCUCUGUGGCUACGUCCGGCACCAGCUCCGGCGCGCCACCAUGGAAAAGUUCGACGUCAACUGCCAGCAGGCCCAACCGGUGCCGUACCUGUACGUGACGCCCAAGGGACAGGACAUCGAUCUGCGGCUGUUUUCCAAAGACAUAAUGCGCAAGGCACUGCCCAUCCUCGUGGGAAUUCUGGAGAAGGAAACGCGCGGCUGGUUUCUGCACUUUCGCGAGCGGUUGAUAGCCGAGCUGCGGGAGCGUAAAAUGACCGACGCCGAAAUCGAGGAAGAAGUAAACGACGCCGUGAUGAAGGAAUAUCUGCAGCGCGUGUACACGUCCAUUCUGUCGAACAGCGAUUUGGCGGACCUGGGCGAUGCCGUUCCGCAGCUGUUGGUGCAGCAAGCGCAAUCGGUCGUUAUCAUGCACAAAGCUGUCGACAAAAUUCAGAAGGAAUUGAAGAAAUCACGCGAUGAACAUAAGAAGCAGCUCCAGGAGCAGCACCCGGUGCUGUCUCGGAUUGCGCCGUGGCUGCGCGCCAAACUCGAAGCCGGCGAGCAGAGUAAGCUGUCGAAGAUCACCUGGGGAGCGCACGAGGAGGCGCUCAAGAUUGCACUAAAGCUUAACCUGCACCAGACGAUAUACUUUCUCAAUCGAGAUAUGGCGUUCAUGAAGGAGCGGGAACCGGUUCUCCUGAAGGAGCUGAAGAACGCCAAAACGCCGACGCGCAACUUCCAGUGGGCCUGCCGGAUUUGGUCGCCCAAGGCGUGGAUAAUCCGGCGCAGCUUCCAGGGCCACUCGGAGGUCAUACCGACCGUGAUUACGCAGCAGGCCACGUCCAUAGUUACCCCACGGUCCGAUCCUAGUCAACCGGUGUUCCUGGUGGAGAAGGAACUGGUGCGUUCGACCAGCACCCGAUGGCCAAUGUGGCGCCUGCUGAACCUGUUCCAACGCACCUGGACUUGGACGUGGAAUAUGAUGUUCCUGCUGGGGGUGAUCGUACCGUGGUGCAGUCCUCUUGGCUUGCGAGCGCUCUUCUGCGUGAAACCAUUCAUGGCGGAUCUGGAACUAUCGCAGGUCAACGGGACCUUGUUUCCCCGCAAGACCAGCAUCACUCAGACCAUGUGCUCUAGGUUGGUUGAGCUGUGGCGACACAUUUCCAAAGCGAGAACCCAUUUCGAAACGGAACCGGACACGGGCUUCGUCGGAAAAGGCAUGACCCGGCACUUGAAUCGUCUAUACAACUAUUUCAUAAAAGGUUUCCUCGGAUCGCUGCUCAUAUUGAUACUGUUUCCGUUAGUGUGCAUUAGCAUUAGCGUUAGCAGCAUUGCCUUCGCGAUUGCAGCUCCGUUGUGGAUGCCCUUCAUCACCGUCACGCUGCACUUGUACAUGAUGCUGGUGUACGAUCUGGAUUGUCCGGACGAAAGUCGUCGAAAUCGGUACUCCAUAUUCCUGGAGGCGGUCGUUUGGAACAUCAUUACGCAAGGCUUCCUGCAGCCUUUGCUUGCCCUUAUGGUUGCCACGUUCAUCUGCCCGUUGGUGUCCGUUGUGGUUCUGUUCAUCGGCGUGGCCCGCUACUGGAUUCGGCUGUUCUGGGACUCGAUCACGUUCCAUCUGUUUAUCAAAAAGUGCGGCCGCGUGCCGGCCAGUGACAGCUUAGCUGUGCGGCGCAUCGCCGGACCCGGUCUGCUGCUGGAUUACUAUUUUUCGAUAAAACCCGAGCAAGCACUGGCGGCUUUCGAGGCCAAGAUGGAGCUUGACGAGCUGCAGGCUUACCAGCACUCGAUGGAAACGGUCAUCUGCCAGCCGCAGAAGGAUUUCAGCCAGUUUGUGGAGGCCUGCUUCGGGCCGUUUUCCGCUCAACUGUCCAAAACGGUCGGCCCGUAUCGGCAGCUGGAACGCGAAGGCCAGGACCUGAUGACUUCGCUGCACGAAAAGCUGGAAAAACGACGUCGCGAUCUGCAAACCGGACUGACGACGGCGGUCAAGUCGCGCAUCAAGUUGAACACGAUGGAGCUGAAGAUCGUGAUCCAGCAGUCGGCGUACAUGCUGGAGCGUUUCUACCCGGCGCACGUCAUCGCGCGGCUAUCGAUAAGCGAAGACGAGUUUUGGGAUGCGAAGGGACUCUCCGUGGGCGAUUGGGCCGGACUGGCGGGAAUGCUGUACGCGGACAUCUUCAGCCUGGACUUUUUGACCCCGCUGUCGGAGACGGACACGCAGUUCAAGCUGGAACCGCACACGCAGCUGGACCUGUUCCGCUACACCGAGAUGGUGCAAAACACCAGCGACAUCAUGGGCAUCAACGGGCCCGACCUGCUGGGGAAUGUGUACGCACCGCGGGGCAACAUCCAGGUGCACUCGCCGUACUUGGAGGUUUCCGCGUUUAAUCCGCGCUCGCGCGUCAUGAUCAACUCGCGAAGGGCCGAGAAACGGAAUGACACCUCAUCUUGUUUGACCACGCCACGGGUGAGAGCGCGGCGGUCGCCGAUACCGAUGCCGAAGUCGCACAGCAGUUGGAAGCCCUGGAAGCGGAAACAGACCAAGAAGCACGCCUCGGACAAGCUGUUGAUUCCGCUGCCGAUACCGCAUCCGGUCCACAUAGCCAUAUCAAUCUACAACCGUGAUUCGGAUCAUCCGAUCCCGAUCGAGUCCGACAUUUGCUGGGACAUUUUGCGGUCGAUCGAGGAGUGUCAGGGUGACUUGGAGGCGCUCGUACGCUUCCGGGAGGCCGGAGUUGACGGGAAUCGUUCCGUUGGAAUCAGCGUUGACGGGCUGGCCGCGAUCGAUUCCAGCAUCGAUUCGCUAGACUCGGGCUCGUCAAAUUCGGGGACCAAAGAUAGUAUGGACAUGAUUGCCGGGGCCAGCGAAACGCUGCCGUGCACAAACCGGGAGGUUACCAUAAUUAUGCCAUCGAAUGCCAACGGGGACGAGCUGGACAACGGAGUCGAAGACGGGAAGAGCACGGACGAAGGUGACGAGGAUGGACCGACGGCUCCGACGCACUUCCACUGGACGUUGCGAAACUGGGGCGGCGGAAAUGGUGCCCAGUCGGUUGCGGCCGCACGCCGUCGGAACACGAGCUAUACCUACAGCACCAGUGGCACCAGCGGCGGCCCCGGAAACAUCAACAGCGCCAGCACCAUCUCGCAGAACGACACCCAGCUCGAACAGAUUCGUGUCGAUCUUGCCAGCCCGGAGGACAUCUCUCUGGACACGGACAGCUCGCGGGCUGUUUUCAGCGCUGCUUACGGAACUACCGUUUAAAAAGGAGGGUUUGUUUUUGUGAUAAAAGAAAAAGUAUGGAUUUACUUUUACACGACAAACCACGUCGCCAAGGAACACGCGUUGCUGGACCUUUAUAUUUUAACGUAUUUUUUAAUUGUUCUGUUGUGUAAUUUUAUUUUUUUAAGAGAAUGUUUAUUUUACCCCGAAUGGACACAGUCAUUUGUUCGUGUUGAUUCCCAUAUUCAGUUUUGUCUAGUCUACUUGUCACAUUUUACUUUUGUAAUUGUUUUAUUUCGUCGUUUUAUUUUCGAAACCACUUCGUAAAGUCAGACCAAUUUGUUUAACCAUCAUAUGUUAAGAACUAGAUAUUUAUGUACAACUCGCUGCGCUGUAAAUGGACGUAUCCAAAAAUAAAUAUAUUUACAGAAACAAAAAAAAACUUCUACGAGUCUCACACACUCUCUUGAAAAUGCAUUCAAGCGAUAGGCAUUUACUAUUUAAUGUAAACCAAAUCAAAUAAUGAUAAAUCAAUUACAAUAGUAGUAGCAUAAACUUGAAUUUCGUCUAAUGAUACAAACAAACAAAAUACGCAAGAAUUUUUUAUACAUUCAGCGAAACAAAACACAGUUGAUCUGCCGAAAACGCGUUGAAUAUUAUAGACUAAUCUUAAACUAGCAUUGACAACUAAACGAUUCUCUCUAUCUCUCUUAAACAGUAGUACUGUUGUUGCUAUCAACUUAUUUGGGCAAGCUGGUUAUAAAUGUAUAGUUUUGCAGUAUUUUUAUUCUUCCAUCAUCAGAAUUCCACACAAACACACCAAAAUCAUUCCUUUCUUUAAAACAGAGCGACCACACAAAACACACAUCCGCACAUCCGAUAAUAAUGCUCGAUUUAAUUGGUAAGAUACGGACAAAGUGAAACAAACACCUCAAUAGUUAAGAUCUCUUUGAAAUACAACAACCAAACUAACAAACAAAAAACGACAACUUUCGGAAAUAGUGAACGCGUGUAGCUUGUUACAAUUUCUCUCUGUAACAAAGAA